AUGAGCACAAGAAAAGCGUAUGUGAGUUUCUUGCUCGUUAUCUUGCUGGUUUGUGUUAAGGCGUCCUCGAUCGACAGUAGCGCAUACUCCUCGUCAAACCAUGAGUCUGUACAACAAUUGCAAGAGGAGCUGAUGCACGAGCAGAAAGUGCCGGAGCCAGAUCCUGUCAAAAAGAGACCCUUGAAAACGCUGGGUUUGUUUGACGAUAGAUACGGCAACGAUACCAUAACUGUCUGUAAUUUGGAAGAAGAAACGAAAAGGGACGUGCUCCCACACUUGAAUCUCAAGGAGCUGAAAAGAAAGAAGCACAGGGCUAUGCACGAUGUUGAGAUUGCUCAGCGAAAACUUAUUGAAGGAGGCUUAGAAACUGCAUUGGGUGAACUCGAUACCACAAACCUAUUGAAGCUUAUGAACGCUGAAAAUGCACGUGCACAAAACCCUGAAAGAGCAAAGAUCGGCUACAGGAAAAUCUGGACCUUAGAAGAAUUAGAUCGUAAAUAUCCUACGCCAGAAGGCAAUCGAAGGUUGGGAUUGGCAUCAAAUGAUCAGGUCAAAAUUGUUCCAAAGGUAGAACGCUGGAAAAAGACCAGUCAUCUUGUAGAUAUCGGAAAGCCCGGCGCAAGACCUGAGCUCCUUCCUGACUACGUGUUGAAUUACAAGCAAAUGCCAGUUCAAGUAGACAUCAUCAUCAAAAGUAGUAUCGGAUGUCAUUAUCUCUUGCGACUAGAUGUACAAUGCCAGUUGAGACAAUUGAAAUACACGAUCUGGGAGCACGAAGCUUACUACAGAUACAAUUACAGCAACCUUUCCAUAGCAGACCAAGCAAGGGGAUACGACAUUAAGAAACAGAUCCUUCUUUGCAAUGGACGACAACUCCAAAAGCUUGAUAAUGAACAUAGCCUUGAAUUUCUUGGUAUCAAAAAUUUCUCCAUCAUUCGCGUCCUGGAAAAACUGGAAAUAGGAAGGAAAUACCUCGAAUCAAUUGAAGGAAAAAAUGUGCUGAACGACGAGGAUCGAAUACGUCAGGCAAAGAAUUUGAUGAAUCUCGAAUUGGCAUACUAUCUCACUUGUGAAGAAUCGUUCCAAAAUAUAUCGAAAAAUCUUCCUGCGUUCAAAUCUGCCUGCGAAAAUCUAACCAAGGAUUUCCCGGAUCUGGGAGACUCAGCCAAUCCUUACAUUGACGAAGAACAAAAACAAAAAGAGCAAAUUGAGCCCGCACCACUUGCAGACUUGGGAAGCGAUCUGUCAGAUGGACUCCCCUCAUUUUUUGCGAGAGGCGUGACCUGA